AUGAGUCCACUGCGGGAGGAUCGACGUUUUUGGAGUUUGUGGCUUUUUCUCCUCCUGCUUCUUCUGAUAGCUGCUGUAUCAGCCACAGGAGCAAACGACAAAGAUACUUCAUCAGGGAGUUUGAACAGGGCAAAUGGAGGGGCGAAACCGGCUGCGCCGCAGCACCCAGCUAAGGAGGGGGAACAGGCUGAGGAGCGGAAGGCUAAUACUAAAGGGGAAGACUUGGCUUCUCCGCAAGCUUUAGGCUCAGCAAUAAGAGAUGUUGAGAGCAACAGUGCAGGGAAAUCAGCAGGAGCUGCUCCGGCGCCUGAGGGGCCUGUGCUUGCAGCGGACGGGACUGCAGCAGCCACGGGAGCCUCUGGUGACGCAGCAGCAAGGAGUGAGAAAAACGGAGCUGCAGCUGCUGCUUCUGAAGAAGGCGAGCGACAGGAGCCACAAGAUCCCAUGUAUUCGCGGGGGCGUGCACUCUCUGCGCCUUUCGUGAGACACUACUCCAAACAGAUGGUCAUUUUGUGGGAGUGGUACACGAAAACCACAGGGGCAACAAUGAACGGAAAGCGCAAACAAGACGAAGACGCCCUUCUAGUGCAUGCUCCUUCGCACUGGCAGCACAAUGUGCGCUUCAAGGCCAUUUUCGAUGGUCACGGAGGUUCUGCUGUGUCUCGGACCUGCGUGGCGCAGUUUUGCAACAUCUUUGGGAACAUGCCGGACUUAUCUCCAGAGAGCUUUAAAAGGACUUCCUUGAUGCUUGAUGCGGUGAUCCAAGCUGAUCCUGUGCGUCAUGAACGAGGUGGCAGCACUGGUUUAAUUGUUGCCAUCGAGAGGCCGGAUGAGCGGGUCCCGAAAUUCAAAAUACACGUGUCAAAUAUUGGAGAUUCUCGGGCCUUUAUAUUGCACCGAAAUGGCAACUACACGAUCAUGUCGAAAGACCACAAGCCGAACGACCCCCAAGAAGUCGCACGGAUUAGCCGUGCAGGUGGCUUCGUUUCGCGAGUCCGAAAGGUGUACCGAGUUGAUGGAACUCUGUCCGUUUCAAGAGCCUUUGGAGACAUCCGCAUGAAAUCGAACGCAUCAUUGCCAGCUACCGAGCAGAAAGUAGUGGCGAUUCCGGACGUGCGCACGUUCGAGGCUUAUGAGGGCGAUUACAUCUUUAUGGCUUGCGACGGGAUGUUUGAGGCACCGGGCAUGAGUUGGGACUACGUCGCAAAUUUGCUACAGCGCGAAUUGCAGAACACGAACGAUAAUCUGGUGGAGACAGCGUUUCGGAUGCUGAACACGGCGUAUCUUCUCGGGUCGGCGGACAAUAUUUCUAUUGUGCUGACCAAGUUAAUGAGCAGGAAGAGAAACAGCAGCGUAGUCAAGAGAUUUACAUACGACUUCUCAGGUCGGAGAGAAUUUGUGGAAACUCAACUGCUGUUGGCGCCGAAUGUUUAUCGGAGCGGCACUUACCACACUUCAGCUGGUCCAGUGGUCACGCUGUUUUGA